AUGGUCACAUUUCCAUUUGUUGUGGCCGCGGCGGCUGCUUUCAGCCAAGGUGCACUGGCUGCUUUCGGGCUCACCUCUGGUAGCAGCUCAUACACUGUCGACACCGGUGGUGACCUUGUUUACGUAGUAUCCAAGUCCAACGGCGAUAUCACCAGCUUGAAGUACAAAGGAGUCGAGUACCAAGGGACUUCCAAGAAUACCGCAAUCAACUCUGGACUGGGCUCCUCGACCGUGACUGGCGAGACCGUCAACGGGUAUAUCAAGAUCACAGUCGCGUCGAGCGGCAACCCUGUCACGCAAUACUACGUGGCGAAAAAUGGUGAUCCGACAAUCUAUAUGGGAACCUACAUCACUGGAGAGGUUGACCCCGGUGAGCUUCGCUGGCUUGCUCGCCUGCGGACAAAUCUGCUGCCGACCGGCGUCCAUGGCAACGUUGGUGACACGCGGGGCUGCACCGCUUUCGAGGGCAAGGAUACCUUCAAGUGCUCCAACGGCGAGACGAGAUGUAAAAUGUACACGUCCGACAGGUUCAUUGACGACCCCGUCCAUUGUGUCACGGGCAGUAAUGUGGCGCUGUGCAUGAUAAUGCCCGGUGUUGCCUACGAAACGUCCUCAGGCGGGCCGUUCAUGCGAGAUAUCAACGGUCAGACAUCUGACGACGAACAAGAGCUCUACUGGUACAUGAACAGCGGCCAUGUGCGUACCGAGCCAUGGAGACUUGGUCUCAUGGGACCCUAUGCAAUGACCUUUACAAACGGCGGCACUCCUUCUGCAAACCUGGACACUUCUUUCUUCGGCAGCCUCAGCAUCAAGGGCUACGUAGCCUCCAGUCAACGUGGUUCUGUCUCAGGUACUGCCUCUGGUGUACCAUCAAGCUUCAAAAGCGUUGUGCACUGGUACAAUAAUCAGGCCCAGUACUGGACGUACGCCGAUUCAUCUACCGGCGCGUACAAAUCGCCGCUGAUGAAGCCCGGAACUUACACCAUGAAGCUGUACAAGGGCGAAUAUGAAGUCUCGUCAGACUCGGUCACAGUCACUGCCGGUGGAACUGCGACAAAGAACAUCGCCUCUAAGGAGGCUCAGCGCACACCGAUCUUCCGCAUCGGCGAGUUCGACGGCGAGCCCUUUGAGCUGAAGAACGGCGAUAAGAUUACUCGCAUGCAUCCCUCGGACACCCGAAUGUCAUCGUGGAGCGGAACUUACACCGUCGGGUCCUCCGCUGCCAAGGAUUUCCCAAUGGCUAUCUGGUCAAAGCAAGGCAGCCCUGCCACCAUCAACUUCAACUUGGCGUCAUCCCAGGUUAAGGACCUGACACUGCAUAUCGGCACAACACUGUCGUUCAAGGGAGGCCGUCCCAUACCCAAGAUCGGCAGCUGGACCGGAAAGGACCCAGGUGCACCGACACUCAUCGACUCUCGUGGUGUGACCCGUGGUGCCUAUCACGGCUACAACGAACAGUACACUUGGGCUGUCCCAGCCAGUGCUUUGAAAGCGGGAGCAAACACGCUGACCAUCAGUGUGGGCGGCUCAGGGGAUGCAACUUGGCUGAGCGCGAACUUCAUUUUCGAUGCUGUAGAGCUGUACUAG